AUGGAAGAGAACCAAGGUGCCCGAGAAGACCCUGAAGUUAUCGUGAUCGAACCCUUUUUUGAUGAGGAUCCUGAAGAAGAAGAUUUUCCAACCACUUUUGACAAUGAAUGCCCGGUGUGCCUGGAACGGAUAGUUGGCCGCCGUUUUCGAUGUCCAAAUGGUCAUAACAGCUAUUGUGAAUCAUGUGGUAUUUCUGCAUUCGAUAUUAACAGACGAAUUCAAUGUCCAUUAUGUCGCGCCAGAAGUGUAAGACUUCAAAUGGCAGAUCCGGCGAGUAGGCGGCCAUCUCACAGACCGCGUAAAACCUAAUUGAUACUGAGCCUACGCAAUCACGAUGGUGAAGGAGGGAAUGGUGUGUUUUAUUACUACUAACAGCGGUAAAUGAGCAGCAAACCCACGGACGGUACCGUCAAAUUGGAAAAGUAAAAUAGAGAGAUAACAUGUCGGCUUUAUGUAACAGGUAAAGAAAUCUUUUUUUCACCGGUUUCGUGACCAAUUUGGGAAAACAACGCCUUUUUUUGGCUAACAAAUGCAGCAUUCGGACCGCAGCAAUGCAAUGACAAAGGUAUGAAUCUAUUAAAUCUGAAGCAAGACUUCUUUCAGUAGAAUUUUCACAACUGCCUCGUAAUUCACUGUUCGAGAUUAGUAUUACCAACGACCAGCAAUGCACAGUGCAAAAUGCUCGAAAAAACAGCAGCUUUUGACUUUCUAGAAAAUUGAUAAAAGCCAAUUCCACGAUUUUAUUACGUUAUCAAAAGCACAGCUCUCUGCAAUACAAUCAAAAAUUCCAUUUUAACCACAAUUACAUCUCUUAUCAACGCACUGACCGCGUUGUCCAAUUGGACAUCCCAAGAAGGCACACUCAACGUCUUGUCCGCAACUAACAAACGCAACAAUAGCUGAAUCCACGAUGACAAAAGUUAAAACGAAAAGAAUCGCAAGUAUUCUCAGCACAAGCAUUUUUGCGGCCAUUGGUAUGAACGUCUUUGUAGGAAUGAGAAUGGUUCACAACGGUCUUUCACAGAGACAUCAAGGUUUUAUUUAUUUAAUGAGCGUAGAAUUUUUGCAUUUAAUCAAGCUAACAACUAAUAGAGAAAUGAUAGAAAUGUUCAACGUGAGACGCUCAGAUUUUGACGAAACUUGGCGGAAAUUCAUAGAGCAAAAAACCUUGUUCUGCCGUAUCAGUCAACUAAAAAAAUUUUGAGAAUUUUUUGCCUGUUUUUUGGGAUCAUGGCACGAAAUCUCACAAUGCAGGGACGCAGAAAAUUCCAAGGACUUUGUUGCGUAAAAAAAUAUAUCUAAACCAACAUCGAUGGCCAACACUUUUAACACUCAAAAUUAAAGCUAAAGAGAGCCUAGCUAGUCUAUAAGCUAGUCUAUAGCUAGCCUCUCCCUUUUACAAUCAAAAUAAAACUUUUCUCAAGAAAUAAAAAAACCUGUGAAUACUCAAUGAGAGCAAGAAUCGUCAACGGGCGUUGUGGUUAGAGUUCUAGUAUCAUGUUGAGAUUCAACGUACCAAAAGGCGAAAAAAUCCUCAUUGUCAGAACUUUUCUCGGAAUAGCACGCAGAUGCCUUUCUGCGUGCUAUUCCACAGCGCGUGACUCAGUCUAGAGUUGGUGGAAAAAUAAAUAUUUCAAUUUCACAGUACCAACCAGAGAUUGCCACGACUCCGGAGCCGGCACUUGGCUCCGGCUCUGAGCGGCUCAGCCAGGCUUCCCAGUGGUCAGAAAAGUAAAAAUUUCGUGAUCUUGUUAAACCAAAUUGCUUGAAAAAACACUGCGGAGGAUGUGACUUGACUGCAAAAACGUUGGCUGUAUGAUCUCUGGCACUAAUAACUUUUAUUUUUGGAAAAGUAUUUUUAUAAAAACAUUUUGCAUAGGAGCCGGGAUUCGGAGCCAGAGGCCUUUUUAAAUUUUGCACGGAGCCAUGAGCCGGAGCCGGAGCUGCAAAUUUGGCCUCGGCUCCGGCUCUGGGAGCAAAGAGCCGGAGCCGAAAUUUUGACCGUGGCAAUCUCUGGUGCCAUCGGCAUUGCUGAAGUGAAAAGCAAUUCGAUUUUGCAGCGACACGAUUCCUUUUCUCGGCAGCGAUGCGACUUUCGAUGCGACAUUGAGCUCAUUACUUUCCCGACGGACAAGAAACACCAAGCAUGA